CGAGUCAUCGGCCGCUGGUGGCUCAAAAGCAGUCCAAAAGCCUUUAGGUUUGGCUGAUGCCAUCGCUGCUCAGGAGUUCUCUCCCUCUUACGCCUUGGCCGAAGGCAGGGUCAUCACCAUGGAAGAUUCUGUCAAGGUUGAACCGAGGCUAGCCACUGCGGUGCUCCAAGGUUUAGCUUUGCCGAAGGAUAUGGACAAAAUUCCCGAAGGCCUCCAGCCGAGCUUAGUUCAUGCAAGUGCUUACCUUGUCCAGGCCGGACAAGCCUUGCUCCGCUCAUCCAUAAAUGCCGAGCUCGUUCUUGCCGAGCGCACUCGCUUUCACGAGGACUUGAAGGUCGAGCAUGAGAAGGUGAGGAGCUACAAGGGAAGCCUUAAAAUGGCGAAAGCUCAGAUCGCCGAGCUGGAGAAGGAAAGAGAUGAGAUGGAGGAGAGGAUGAAGAAGGCCGAGCACGAGGUGGCCAAGGUUUUGAGAAGAGAGAAGUGGAAGAUGAAGGAGGUAGACAGUGCGGCGUAUCAUGCUGGUUUUGAUCGAGCUGGGGCCGAGUACAUGCAGGAGGCUCGGUCCAUGGUAAAUGACGCCAUCAAGAUGAGGGUCCCCAUCGCCUACCGAACGGGAUAUAAGGACGGCGUGAAGGCCGCUUGUGGAGUUAUGCAGCUGGAAGCUGAUAUGAAUUUGACGAAGUCAAUUCCAGCUCCUGUUACACCCGAGCUCGUCCUUCCGUAUACCGAAGAAGAGUGCGCACCCCUCCCACCUGAGGAAUUUCCCGAGAGCGAAGAUGAUGUUGAAGACCUAACCGACGCCGACGUCGCUGCAGAAGACUUGACAGGCUUGGAGAAAGAUGGUGAUGGUGGCAAGAAAGCUGUCGUUCAUGCCGAGCAGGAGCCUGUGAACGUUGAUAAGGAUGCUUAG